AUGUCGGGAGAUAGUGAUGAACCUAAACAACUCGCUUCCAAAUCAGCUGGUCGGUUAUAUGUAAAAGCCGUCUUCUCUGGAUACAAGCGAUCUCAAAGGAAUCAACGAGAACACACAGCAUUACUAAGAGUGGACGGCGUUUAUAAUAACUAUGAUGCUCAAUGGUACAUUGGUAAACGUGCAGUUUACGUCUAUAAGGCACAUAAGAAAAGUGCGUCAAAAAAUAAACUCAGUAGAGCACGUGUUAUUUUGGGAAAAAUUACUCGCGUACAUGGAAACAGUGGUGUAUUAAAGGCAAAAUUUCGUAGAAAUCUUCCGCCGAGUGCGAUGGGAAUGCGAGUUAGAAUAAUGCUUUAUCCAUCAAGCAUAUAA